AUGUUCGGUUUCAACCGCAAGAACGAAUUCCAGGUGGAGGGCCGUACCGUGGUCAUUACUGGUGGCUCUGAUGGCAUGGGCCGUGCUGUUGCAGGCCAGCUGGCCGGGAAAGGUGCACACGUCGUCGUAGUUGCUCGCACUGCCUCCAAGCUCGAGGCUACUGUUGAAGAACUCCGAUCCAAAGCCCUGAACACGCUCAAGCAGCGCUUUCUGUACAUCUGUGCGGAUCUCACUGAUGCCAACGAGUGUGAUCGUGUGAUCUCUGAGGUCACAGCCUGGAAUGAUGGCUCUGCUCCCGAUGUUGUCUGGUGCUGUGCUGGCUUCUGCCACCCCGGUUUCUUCGUUGAUGUGUCAAUCGCCACUCAAAGGCAACAGAUGGACACAGUCUACUGGACUGCCGCCAACAUGGCUCAUGCCACUCUCCGCAACUGGCUGGCACCCGUUCCCCCCAGUGGUCAGAUGCGCAAUCCUCGUCGACACCUCAUCUUUACUUGCUCUACUCUUGCUUUUGUUCCCAUCGCUGGUUACGGGCCUUACUCGCCUGCCAAGGCGGCCAUUCGCUCCCUGUCUGACACUCUCAGCCAGGAGAUUGAAAUGUACAACGGUGCAUACACUCAGCGCCACCGCAACACGGCUCCAGCUGCCGAUGUCAAGAUUCACACUGUCUUCCCCAUGGGCAUCCUGAGCCCUGGUUUCGACAACGAGCAGAAAAUCAAGCCAGAGCUGACCAAGAUGCUCGAAGAGUCCGACAAGCCCCAGACUCCCGAAGAGGUUUCACAGAUUGCCAUUCAAGCUUUGGAACGUGGUGAAUAUCUCAUCACAACAAUGUUUGUCGGUAAUGUCAUGAAGGGUACAGCACUUGGACCCAGCCCUCGCAACAACAUUGUCGGUGAUACUUUCAUGAGCUGGCUCAGCAACUUGGUAUUCCUUCAGGUCAUUCCCGAUCUGCGCAGCAAGGCAUUCAACUGGGGCAAAACCAAUGGCCUCCCUCAGCCAAAUUGUGAAGAGUAG